GAGUAUAACACAGAUGCCCGAGUUUCUGACUUGGAAUUCCGAGUUGCGUGACCAUUCAAAACGAGUUUCCCAGUCGGAGUUCGUUUUUCCCCAGAGUUCCCCGUUGUAUUUAACGCAGUGAAGUCGGAUAUUUCCGAGUUCCCAGUCGUUUUGAACACAGGAAAAGUACUCAGCUGUUCGAGGCAAGUCGACGAAAUGGCUGCAUUUCUGCGAUCUCUCAAAUUUCCCCGAUGUGUUGUCCGUUUUUCUGACCGUGAUCUGUAGACCCUCAUUUGAAUACGUUUACGGACAACAGAAGACCACGAUGGUAGCUCAAUGUCGUUUGCUAUGGCUAAAGCCUUGCACAUUGGCAGUUGUUAUCUAGCUAGCUAGGCUAACGUAGCUAGCCAGCAAGUAUGGUCACUAACGCCUACUGCUUUGCUGGUGGUUGCAUGACCUGUCUCGUAAACACGAAGGAUACGAACUAAUUCGCUAGUCAGCUACCGAUACUUAAUGUAUUGAUAAAUUAAAAUGGCCAGGUGUCAACAGAUGAAUAUACAUACUAGCUAACUGUUUGACAAAUAAAACAUGUCAAUGGCUGAAAGCAUUAUCAAUUCUCAUGGCAUUGUAGAAGAUCAUGAGGGAGAUAAUGAAGAUUCUGACUCAAACCUCCAAGUGGAGCUCAAUGUGUUCAGGGCCCAAUGGAUGUCUGAACUGAAGCCCAACUCUGGGUCCAAUGGGGGGAACAGAGGACUGUCGUCAAGAGCUGCAGACCUGAGAAGAAAACAGGAACUGGCCCGGGAGGAAAAAGCCAGAGAGUUGUUCUUAAAAGCUGUUGAGGAAGAAGAAAAUGGAGCUGUUUAUGAAGCAAUUAAGUACUAUCGCAGGGCAAUGCAGAUUGUGCCUGACAUUGAGUUUAAAAUCAACUACAGUCGUUCUCCUGAUCCAGAUGGUGGCAAUGAGAAGGACAUGGAUGGUGAAAUAGAGGAUCUACUGGCCUACUUCCAUCAGCAGCUCACUCUGCAAGACAACUCUCUGAAGAUAUGUGUUCCUGAGGUGGAGAUGACUCAGAUGCACAUCUCAGCCCUGCCUCCAGAGGUCUUGAUAUACAUAUUCCGCUGGGUUGUGUCUAGUGAUCUGGACCUGCGUGCCCUGGAGCAGCUCUCCCUAGUCUGUAGAGGCUUCUACAUUUGUGCUAGGGACCCAGAAAUUUGGCGUUCGGCCUGUCUAAGAGUGUGGGGCCGGAGCUGUACCAAACUGGUACCCUUCAACUCCUGGAGGGAGAUGUUUCUUGAGAGGCCACGUGUGCGCUUUGAUGGUGUUUACAUCAGCAAAACGGCAUACAUCCGUCAGGGAGAGGAGUCCCUUGAUGGAUUCUACAGGGCUUGGCACCAGGUGGAGUAUUACAGAUAUCUGCGUUUCUUCCCUGAUGGCCAAGUCAUGAUGCUGACCACGCCUGAGGACCCACUGGUCACCGUUCCUCGUCUGCGUAGCAGGAACACCAGGGUGGAGUCCAUUAUGUGUGGUCAUUACCGUCUGUCGCAAGACACAGACAAUCAAACCAAAGUCUUUGUUGUUGUCUCCAAGAGAAAAGAAGAGAAGGUGGCAGAGUACCAGAGAAACUCUCGGUUUUGCCGGCGGAACCCAGCGGCGCCCGAGACGGAGCACAGCUUUCACGUGGGACUGCAGCUGUCGUCUGGCGGGCGCCAGAGCUUCAACAAGCUGAAUUGGAUUCACCAUUCCUGCCACAUCAACUACAGAUCCACCGGAGAAACGGUUGUCACUGCCUUCGACUUGGACCAGAUGUAUGCAUCUUUCUUCUUUGCACGUGUGAAAAGCUACACAGCAUUUUCUGAACGCCCACUGUAGGGAAGCCUAGAGAGAAGAGAUAAACGUCACCACCCAACAGUUUACACAACACUUAAACUAAAUGCAUAUUUCUCUUCCUGUUGGCUUUGGGCUGAACUAUGAUUUUUAAUGAAUGUAUACCAAUCAACCUGCAUCUGAUUCUAAACUUAUUGUGUGUGCCACAUAGCCAUUGUGUCUAUGGCUGUCACAGAAAACAAAAAUUAUUCUACUGAUCCUUCUUUUGAAGACUGGAUAGUUGUCCAGUAUGAUGACAUAAAAUGUCAAUAAUAGAUUUUUCACCCAUUUCCAACAAUGAAUAUUAUGACAUUGUUAAUUCUCUAGUAAUAUAUUUUCUCCCAUAUGGUAAAUCAACUGGAAUAAACAAAAGUGGGAACUGUGUAGUUUUUUUUUUUUUAUCACUAUAAGGCGCACAACAAAAGCAGAACACUGGAGUUCCUCUUACCACACCCCCAAUCGUAAUACAACACUCUUCCUCGUCCCGAACACGCAUUUAAAUUAUUUCAUUCUAAAUCACUUUUCUUGACCAGGGCACACAUAAUCAAUCCACUUAUUGCAUAUUCUAGGAACCCAGGGCUGAAAUGGAUUUAGAGUAAAACAAAUUUGAUUUACUAUAUAGUUGUAUCAGAUUACAAAAUAUGUCAAAUAUAAAAUUGUAAAGGCUCUCUUUAGUGAUAUUUAUCUAAAUGGAAUUGAUGAAAUGCAUAACCUCAAAUCAGCCUACCUCUCAGAUGAUAAUGGUGAAAUGAAUGGUAAAAUCUCGUCUUUUCACAUGACCUUUUGAUAUUAUGUCCUCAUAAGCGUCAUAAAUAACAUUGCCAUGUUUUCCAAUCCUGUUGAUUUUUUUUUUUAUCUUCAGAGCCAUCAUUUUUUAUAACCCAUGGAUCAGUCUAUUGAAAAGUAUUCCCCCAGGUGAUAGUUUGGUCACAUACCAGGGAAAAUUAGCAUAUAAGAACAGGAAGAAAUCAUCUAGGAUUUGUGACAUGACAAUCCCCACAAGCUUCAAAUUAUGAUUACUUAUGGGGUGAUACAUAUCUAUAUUUAAAUAAUAGGCUUACUGUAUGAUAGCUGGCUUAAUAAUAGGAAGGUGUGAAAGAUGUGUAUAGGGAAUAUCAUUGUAAAUGAAAAUUGCAAUGGGGGUGAUAAGAUCCUAGUGCUAUUUAUUUAACUAGGCAAGUCACUUAAGAACAAGUUCUUAUUUACAAUGACAGCCUACCCUGGUUAUUGAGGAAGCAGUACUGGCUUUGACUUGAUCUAGAACGAUGCCUGAAAUACAUUACAGGAGAUACAGACAAAACAUUCAGGAUUUUAUUAUUGCCAAUCUAGGACAUUACAAAUGCAACAGCUUCGAGACUGGCUUUACUUGCAUUGUUAGAAAGCUGAGAACAUUUUUUUACAGACUACUGUAGAUGCACUACUGAUCUUGCAAUCCAUUCACAGAUUGGGAGAACAUGAGAAUGUUGUCAUGCUGUUUCAUUCUCAACUAGUCAAUUAUGAGAACAUUUCAUCAUUUGAUUACAUAAUUCAAACAGCUAACAUAGCACUUCCACUUUUCAGUAUUAUGUGGCUGUAAAUGUCUUUCAAAGAGAGAAAUCUCUACAACAUAAUUUGGUCCCUUUUGUAAUUAAGGCAUAUAUGGACUACAAUACAACACCAUAAUUAAGGGAAAAAGUUAAACAUGUACAAACAUAAGUAGCAACAUCUAUUAAGGAAAUGCUUUGGAGAAAAUGAGUCACAUUCAAACGUCAUGGCUUGAUGUAACUUGUAGCCUGAUUCAAUCUAAUGAGUGAAAACAAGGUGGCAAACACUUAAGAGAGGUGUCGGUUUAAAACAGCAUGAACCAUGCACAUAUAUACAAACAAUAUUAAAUAUGAUACAGAAUUGUGAGUUUAGUUUGUACAUUACAUGUAUUUAUUAUUUUAUGCGUUCCAUGGAGUUGAGGUUGAAAUUCAAAGAAUACAGGUAGUACCAGUAAUACUAGGGUGACCUUGGGUAAAUAGAUAAUGAGAAUGUGUCAUACCAGAGGCUGAAUUCUGAGGGUGGAGUGGACACCUUUAUCUACUUCUUCAUACUUAAUUAAUUUUCAACACAAUCCACGACAUUCUCAAUGUGUGAUUUUUGCUGCAUAAUAUGUAGGUCAUAAAUAUACAAACUGGGAAACAUUAAAUAGAAACUAAAUUGCUACUGUAGAGGAAUGGUCUUGUGCAGUAGCGAGGGCUCUCAAUCUCAGACACCCAUAACUAAAAUAUUACGUAAUUGCAUCUGUUCAUGAGAGAUUAAGGCUCUCAUAAAAUGUCCUCGUACAUAAACUAUUGUUACAACAACAGCAAUAGACCGAAAAUAUAAAUGACAAUUUCUAAUAUUUAUCGUUCACAGAAUUCAUUGUUCUGAUCAGUGCCAUUUGAUGCAAAUACUUUCAAAUCUGAUGGACAACAGACAAAGCUAUUAUUGCAACUGGUUUUGAGCUAUAGCUCUCCUGAGUCAUGAAUUUACGGUGCAGGCGAACCUCUCUAAGGAGAGUUUCCAUACUCACUGGAUAAAGUUACUUACUGGAUACAUUUGACACUGUGACAGCGUUCUCUAUGCACCUGGUACUUGGCUCCAGACGACGAAUACAUAGAUCAUGUUAAAUAGGAGUAAUUCAACUUAUCACGCACAUGCAGAAGAAUCUGACCCUAGUAACAUUCCAGGGAUCAUUUGAGAGUGAAAGUACAGUCUUCACAGGUAUUUACCUCAUUGCUGUAUCUAAAACUUUAAAAGGUGCUGGACACAAUGAUCUCAUAGCUUAUAUGGAAUUUUAAAAAAUCUGUAAAGCCAUAAUGCAAAAUCUAAAAGAACUAGUAGGUUUGGGGCUCCCUCACUUUCAGAAACAUUAUUUGGCUGCAAACAUUCAUAAUAUCAUGUUUUGGAUUCAGCCUCUUGACUUUAACUCCAGGGUCAAUUAUUCAAUCUAAAUCCUGUAUGGCCACAUCAAUAAGAGCUAUCGUAUGCUCUCCCCUACCAGCUCCAUUUACUACCUUCAGUAAAAAUUAACUGGUCAGACAAACUCUCAAGAUAUGGAAUAACCUAAAGCUGAACCUAGAUAUUAGUGAUAUUCUUGCCUACUCACCUUUAGUUUUUAGGCUAUUUCCACCAUCCCUUGCAGACAAAGCUUUUGAUAUAUGGAGACAAAAUGGGGUGAAAUCACUCAUUGACCUCUAUAAAGAUGCCACCUUUGCAUUAUUAAAAUGUCUUUCAAAUACAUUCAAUUUUCCAAAUGCCCAUUUCUUUAGAUACUUACAAGCCUGAGAUUGACCCAAUAUAUAUAUAUAUAUAUAUAUAUAUAUUGGGUCAAUCUUAUGCCUAUCCACUGUGUAUUCAAAAUUAUGAACUUUUGGCACUCCAUGCCUACAAUCAUUGAGAUAAACUUGGGAACAGGAUUUAGGAUUUUAAAUUUAAAAAAUAUAACUGUGAGCAGCAAUGAACGGGGUUCACAGGAUGACAGAAAGGACAAGAUCAGUUGGAUAACAAAGCAAGCACUCCAUCAUGUAGAAACAAUAUCUUUACGUGCAACAUGAGUCUAAAUACAAAAUAUGGAGUGAAUCUGAUAUAUAGUUCAUUAGAAGAUUAUUGGAGAUGAUUUUCAGCAUUAGCGCUACAUAUGUAAAGAAUGAGUUGUUAAAAGUUUCCUUGUUUUUUGAGAUAUCAACACCAAAUUCAGUGUGGAACAUCCAUUAUAGUGAUUUCAUGUUGAUAGGCCAAGGUGGAGUGGAUUUACAGAAUUGGAUACUGAUAAAUGCCUAAAUUGGAAUGCAGUGGCUGUACAGUAACAUGCUAUACAUGACAUCAGAGCUCUAGCUCUGUGCUUCACAGCACUGUAUUGGUUUUGAUGGACAGCCAUUCUGAGCACCUCACACAAGGGAUGGAAGUUGCCCCCAUCCCCACAGCUAAUUGGGCAACUGUUGCAAAAAUAUAAAUUCUUAGUGAGGAAAAUGCUGUAAACUAAGAGGACUGAGACAUUGAGGAUUAUAAUAAAUACCGCUUUGAUGUCAUACAAGCAAGUGAAACACCCAUGAGUCCAAAUGUGCAUGUCAUACUUCCGUAUAAUAAAACAUGUCAAAUAGUGUCAAUGUUUAUGAUCACUAUGUUUGGUGUACAGUUACAAGAUGACAUGGUGUCAUACCCUUGGUUGUUCUGAACAGAAUUACCCCGUUUGUCUAUUGUGAAGAAAAUUUUCCACGAUACACACACCUGAAUACACACGUCUCUUUUUUAUGCACAUCAAAAUGCAUGUUUCCCUGAAUUGCAUUGUGAAAGCAUUACACUGAAAUAUCGUAUUUUAAAACUUAGCUAGUCAUGUUGGCAAUAGAACAGGAUCCAAAUAAUGCCCACCUGACCCAGACUGUGAUUUAUAAUGGACCGUUUUUGAGGGCGGGGUUGAAUUGUGUUCCAAACAACUAUAAGUUAGCUUGGUCUAGUUCCUCAAUGGCACAGCUAGGAGAGCUCAAAAAAGCACCACAUAGUUGACUCUUCUAUGAGUCAUCAAAGUGCAUUGAAAUUACUUAGGAACAGUGCACAUUUCGGACAGGUGUGUGGUCACCAGGAAAUAGCAGUUAGUUCUCUCACUCAAACCCUUGUAAAAAUGUUUUGUCUUAUGUUGCACCUACCCCACAUUUUCCAGAGUUUUUCAGAUUUCGUUAAACAAAUUAGGCAAAAAGUUCAGUAAAUGUCAAAUGCCCAAAGUCUAGUGUAAUGUCUGGAUUCAUAUUUGUGUCAGGUGAACUGUUGUGACCUCACUUUUUGGUCUAAUAAUUUUCCCACAAUCUCGAAACGGUACCCUUUCAAUUGCUACCAUGGUUAUGCACAUGCUUUUUUUUGGAAUGCAUCAACACUAUUUUCUCCAACUCUUUAGGGACUAUUGUGAUGAGUCCAAAAACCACAUUUGGAGUGAAUAUUACUUUUAGUUCAUGAGAUUUCUUCAUGAUUAUUUUAAGCGUUGCAUAGCCAAAAAAAAUUCAUUGAUAAUCGUUUCCUUAUUUUCUAAGAUUUCAAUGACAAACUUAACAUGCUUCAUCAUGGUAAUGUCUUUGAUGACCCUAAACAGUUUCAAGUUGAUAGUCCAUUGCGAAGAGGGUUUACAAAGGAUUUAAAUGGACAAGUAAAAUUAGAUUUCCUCUCUUAACCAAUCCCUUAACGUAGUUUUGAGAAAAGCUAAGAUAUGGGCCUACAUACCACAUUUGGAAAAUCUAUCCUGACAGACCUUAUGGGUCCUUGAGGCAAAUUUGUUCAGCAUGAGGAAAGACACCUACAUACAAGGUCUCUAUGUCAAAUAUGGCUGCAGAUAUGAGGGUUUAAGUGAGACUGCUUGUAAUAGCGCCACCUUCAGGCCAAUCAGUGCAAUUAUUUACUUAUGACGUUACUUAUGGCGUAUUUCUUUGUGCCAAAUUAGAAAAAAAGUUCCCAAUCUAUGCUUGAGUUAUUUGUCAAGGGGGGAAAAAAUCUAAGAAUAACAAUAGGUUUCAAAGCUUUUAUGUGAACCCCUAAUUAACAGUUGUGAAAAAACUAAUAUUUUUUUUAAGCCCUUUUAUAUGUACCAGUCAUGUUGUUACACACAAGUUACUACACAAAUGCAAAGCUGUCUAAGUUCUACUCCCAAGUUGACCCCAAAUGUGAACAAUGCCAACAUACCUCUGCAACUUGAAAUAUGAAAAUAUGUUCUGGUUGUGUGAGUGUCCAAAACUAAAAGGCUAUUGGGAUGCUAUUUCUAAUGCAAUGUCCAAUAUAAAACACAAGUAUCUAUAAGUCCUGACCCACUAAUAUCUAUCUGGGACAACUGUUGGUAGUUCUGGAAUAGCAAAGGUGGAAGCAAAUGCCUUGGUUUACGCCUGUCUGAUUGCCAGAAACCUGAUUUUGACCCAGAGGAAAAAGCCAAACACACCAUUUUACAAUCAGUGGGUUAAUAGUAUGUUUGCAAAGUCUCACUUUGGAGAAAAUGAAAUGUACACAAAGUGGAUCCACAACUUUAUUUUAUAAGACAUGGCAAACUUCUUUCUUUUGUUGAAACCGAAACCGGUGUCAGAUUGAUUAUGUACCUGAGUUUAGAUUUGUACUAGUGUGUAUAUACUCAUGACGGGAACCUCAAUAAGAGGAUACAAAGAAAAGAAAAUCCUUGAGGAACAUUGGGAAGGGAGGGUGGGAAUGAUACG